GCAGGGCGCGCGGCCGACAUGGGCGAGACCAUGUCCCGGAGGCUCAAGUUGCAGCUGGGCGGGGACGCAGAUAUGGAAGAUCGGGCGUUCCCCAACCCUUUCCCGGACUACGAGGCCGCCGCCGAGAGGCAGGCCGAAGAACCGCCAUGUUCUCGCACCCCGCUCUCCCCCGAGGAGCUCGGCCUCCCUUUCCACAGCGAUGGGAAGAUUAUUAAUAACUUCACAAGACGGAUCCAGACCAAAAUUAAAGAUCUUCUACAGCAAAUGGAAGAAGGGCUGAAGACAGCUGAUCCACAUGAUUGCUCUGCUUAUACUGGUUGGACAGGCAUAGCCCUUUUGUACCUGCAGUUGUACCGGGUUACAUGUGACCAGUCCUAUUUGCUCCGAUCCCUGGAUUAUGUAAAGAGAACACUUCGGAAUCUGAAUGGCCGAAGGGUCACUUUCCUCUGUGGAGAUGCUGGGCCCCUGGCCGUUGGAGCUGUUGUAUAUCAUAAACUCAAAAGUGAUUGUGAGUCCCAGGAAUGCAUCACAAAACUUUUGCAACUCCAGAGAACCAUCGUCUGUCGAGAUUCAGACCUUCCUGAUGAGCUGCUUUAUGGACGGGCAGGUUAUCUGUACGCCUUACUCUACGUGAACACGGAGAUAGGUCCAGGCGCUGUGUGUGAGUCAGCUAUCAAAGAGGUAGUCAGUGCCAUCAUUGAAUCUGGCAAAGCUUUGUCCAGGGAGGAGAAGAAGGUGGAGCGCUGCCCCCUGUUGUAUCAGUGGCACAGGAAGCAGUAUGUCGGAGCAGCCCACGGAAUGGCCGGGAUCUACUACAUGUUAAUGCAGCCAGCAGCAAAAGUGGACCAAGAAACCUUGACAGAAAUGGUGAAACCUAGUAUUGACUAUAUGCGCCACAAAAGAUUCCGGUCUGGGAAUUACCCGUCCUCACUGAGCAAUGAGACGGACCGACUGGUGCACUGGUGCCACGGGGCUCCCGGCGUCAUCCACAUGCUCAUGCAGGCCCACAAGGUCAGUGCCCGGGCCGCGCACUUGGCUCCCGAUGUGCAGACGGUGUGCACCACCGAGUGA